AUGGUCAAAGCUAAUAUAUGGAGGGGCCUCAUGGCCGUGGGCAUGAAGUUGCACCACUUUGCCGGUCCCAAACCACCACGUCCAGACUUCAAGAUCGUCAUCCCAUCCAGGUUAUCUCCGCGAGGUGGCACAUUCAAACUGGUAUUCUACGUCCCGGAGUCGUAUCACACAGCACCAGACGACUACCGCUUUCCAGUCGUCGUCAAUUUCCAUGGAGGCGGCUUUACUUUGGGAACGGGCACUGAUGAUGCGAGAUGGGCGUCGACCAUUGUGAAGACCGUGGAUGCUGUUCUGGUCUCAGUCGAAUACAGACUGGCACCCGAAUACCCAUUUAGCACAGGCGUAGAGGAUGGAACAGACGCGGUCAUAUACCUAGCAUCCCACGCCGAAGAGCUUCGCCUUGAUCCCCAACGAAUGGCUCUGUCUGGUUUCUCUGCAGGUGGAAACUUCGCAUUUACGGUUCCCCUCAUGCUACACGAUCUCCAAAAAGGGGUUGGCAAACGAAGCCUAACGUCAACCAGCGACAACUACUACCGUCCCCCUUCCUACCCCUCCUCCUACGCUUCCUCCGCCCAAAGCUCCUCAACCCUUCAACUCCCACGGCCCCUGCCCCUCUCAGGCAAUUCCUCUACCACUUCGAUCCUCAAACUCACAGACCUCGAGCCAACCGAAUUAGAAAUGCAUCAAAAAGUCCCAGACCUCAAACUCCGAGCAAUCGUAUCCUUCUACCCACCUACCGACUUCCGGAUAUCGCGCCAAGAGAAACGCGUCACAAACCCCGUACCAGAAAUGAACCUCCCCCCAAUGCUCACCAAUCUUUUCGACGAUUCCUACAUACACCCCACGAGCUCGAUCGACCUAGCCGAUCCCUACCUCUCGCCCGCAGCGGGUUCAGACCAGCUUCUCAGAGCUGCGUAUCCCCAAGACAUCAUACUAUACACUUGCGAAUACGACAUGCUGAAUGCAGAAGGCAUCGCGUUUGGCGAACGGCUUUCGGGGCCGGAAGUAGGAAAAACCGUACAUGGGGGCUUGGUGAAAGAAGUACCACACGCGUUUGAUAAGAAGCCCAAUCCGAUUAAAUUCCCCGUGUCGGCGGAUACAUGUUAUGCUGAAGCUUGCUCGGAACUGAAACGGGUAUUUGGAGGACAUGUGAGUGCUAAGGAUCUAAGACAGCUGGACAAGAUCAAGCAGGUAGAUCGAUUCGAGGAUGAUGAUCAGAGGGAUCGGGUGACGGGGCAGGGGUUGAGACUGCUGGAUGAGACGGAUAUGGGAGAUGGGAUAGGGGGGAACGAUCAUGGACGGCCCAGUAUUCCUGAUAAGUAUCCAGCGAAUAGAGUUCCUUGA